UACAGACUGGACCCGCUGUCUUGCCAGUUUUCAUCAGCAAUUCCUGCCUUGCCUUCGGAUGCAUUGACGGGCAUCUCGCGGAUCGCUGGACGACUAUGGGGAUGGAGCUUGGGAAUCCUACGACGACGAUCGACAUCACCAACCACUUGUCCCUGCAACCUACCUCCGUUACUGGCCAAUCAAAAAACGGGGAACUAUAAACAUCGCCUUUUGAAAUGUGAGAGUCCAUCGAUAGCUCUUGCUCCAUUGCUUGAUGAACUUAAAGUUUUAUUAUUUGACAUAUCGCAAUUGGAACCUGACAUUUUAAUUAUUAUGGGUGGACACAUGAAUUCAAAAGUUGGGGAUGGAAAUAUACUCCCGGAGGAUUUUGUACUUGAAUCGAAUUUUACGGAGAAGCGCUCUGUGAGUGACAUGCAAGUUUAUAAGAAUGGUAAAAUUUUACUUGAAUUUAUAAAGAAUAUUGACUUUUUUAUCAUGAAUGGACGUUCUCUUUUUGAUAUCAAUGGUAACUUCACUUAUAUUGGCGAUUUUGGUUGUAGUACUGUUGAUUUUGUCUUGGACAAUUUGAGCAAUAUUUUAUUUUUAAUGACUUUUUGGAGAAGAAACUACGAUCAUUUACCAAUUUAUUGUAAUUUCUUUUUAAACAAUUCUUAUGAAAAUUGCAUCAGUCAGACUCAAACUUCAGUGAGUAAAAAAUAUUUAUGGGACGAUGGCAAAAAAAAACAGAAUUUAUUGCAUUCUUAG